AUGAAAGUGGAGUGUGUGCUGGUGGUGGUCGAAGCCCCUUUGAAGCACUUUCCCAUUACCCCGGCCAGCCACCCAAUCAGGAGCCAGAUGGCACUUCUGGCCAAUCAAAUCAUGGACGCCAGACUCCUCAGCAGCAUGAACGGCAGAGUGGAGCUUUCACAUUUUCUGAGGGUGACCAAUCAAACCCUCCCGUCGCAUUCCAACUCCCCGCCGGACGACAGCCAUAAAAACAGGAAGUACCCGUGCCCCCUGUGCGGCAAACGCUUCCGAUUCAACAGCAUUUUGUCUCUUCACAUGAGAACGCACACGGGGGAAAAGCCGUUUAAAUGCCCGUACUGCGACCACAGGGCAGCUCAGAAGGGCAACCUCAAGAUCCACCUACGCACCCACAAGCAAGGCAUUCUGGGUAAAGGUCGCGGUCGGAUAAGGGAGGAGAACAGGCUGCUGCACGAGCUGGAAGAAAGAGCUAUAAUGAGGGAUAGGCAAAUGAAGACCAGCCAUGUAACGAUAAAUGCUAAUGGAAACCAACAACAAAGCUCGCCAUUGGCCCAGACAGUGAUUAACACGCAGCCGUUUAUGCCUGAGUCCACUUCGCGUACCUCGACAUCGCCGAUCGCUUCCGUACAAGAGGAACCACAAGCCGGAACGCCGCCUGGUUUCCGCUGUUCUUUCUGCAAAGGCAAAUUCCGGAAGCAACAGGAGCUGGAUCGCCACAUCCGCAUCCUCCACAAACCCUACAAAUGCACUUUGUGUGACUUCGCCGCGUCGCAAGAAGAAGACCUCAUCGGCCAUGUCGAAACGGCGCACAUCACCGCGGACCAGGGCUCCAAAGCGGCGGUGACUGGGUCAAGCGAAAAAACAAAAUCGACCGGUGAAUUCCCGUGCGAGGUGUGCGGACAAACCUUUAGCCAAGCCUGGUUUCUCAAAGGACACAUGAGGAAACACAAGGAUUCAUUCGAACACUGCUGCCAGAUCUGCGGACGACGCUUUAAAGAGCCUUGGUUUCUCAAGAACCACAUGAAAGUCCACCUCAACAAGUUAGCGGUGAAGGGCAACCUCGCCGAACAGCACGAUUCUCUUGGUAUGCUAUCUCAAGAGCAUCGAGGCAACAUCUAUUCUCAGUAUAUGUCCAGGAUUCAUGACAGGUUUAUUUCCGAUAGAGAGCAAAGUGAGUACAGCAACAUGAUCGGCGUGGACAUCAAGGUCAGAGAGAUGUUACAGAGAAUGGUGACUCAAAACGCGCCAAUAACCGACCUCGAAAACUUAAAUCGUCUUCACAAUUCGCUGAGCAUGGAGUAUCUGCAGAAAGUCGUCGCUAACAGCGGCAGCAGCAGCAGCGGUGGUGGUGGUGGUAGUGCUGGUGGUGGUUAUCCAGGGUGGCAGAUCAUGACUCCAGGGAUUCCUUCCGAUCAGCAGAUGUUCAAAAGCCAGCAGAGCGCCGCCUACCUGUCUGGAGAAGACGGCGAUCCAGAGGCGAAGGGGAUGAGCAGGCCCAGCAGCGCAGGAGCGUCCGAGAUCAUCGGCGAGACCGGGAACUCCCGCUCCACGAGCAGCCUGGAGCACACGCCGCAGUCCACCUCUCCAGCUACAGGUGAUAAAAUCUACAGACGCCCUCCCUCUUCUGACUUCGCCCCGGGUCAUGCCUCCUCCCUGGGUUUCCAACUGGACCGAUACCCCUUCCCCACCUGGCAGAGCACUUCCGACCUCUCCACCAGCCCGUCCAAACUCCGGCCCAGCUCUCGAGACAACUUCACCCCGGCCACGAGCCACUUUAUCGGGCUGGACGCCGACAGUGCCCCCCUGAUGAACAAAGAUCCCGACUCCUCCGUACGCUCGCACGUGAAGAAGUCCCAGUACGAGCCUCUAGAUCUUUCCGUCAGACCUGAUUCUCUCGCUCAGAUGCACGGCUUUUUCACCAACGGACUCGCUUCUAAUAUGACGCGCAGGCUGCAGACUUUCGACGCUGCCUUUGACUGCGACCUUAAAACCGCAGACGUCAUCGAUCAGGCCGGCCACAACGGCGAAGCUGAGAAAUCCGAGAGCGAAAAUGAUGAUUCUGCAAAAUGGAAGAAAAAAAAUAACUUUAUGGAAGAAGUGGGCAGUUUUCAGGGUGAGAAACUUGAGCCAGUGGCAGGAGGACAGUGGGGCAGAGGUGUCACUGAGUCUCCCAUCGCGUCUCUGGAGAGUUUGAACCCGGGACAGGCGCUUUCGCUGCAGCAUCAGGUGGGCCUUCUGUCCUUCUUGAGGUCCCAGGCCAGUCUGACCCCGGCGUCCAUGACUGUAGUGAACGGUGGAGGAGUGAAGGAGGCUACAUCAGCCCGUAAACCAUUCCAGUGCCGCUACUGCCCCUACAGCGCCUCCCAGAAGGGCAACCUGAAAACCCACGUGCUGUGCGUCCACCGCAAGCCCUUCGACAACAGCCUGUACCCGGACCGCCGCCUCCGCCGCUCCCACACCCCCACCACCGCCCCCCGCCAAGCCUGCCCCCCACCGCCGCCGCCACCGCUGGGCAUCGCCGGGGACGACCGGGUGCCUGCGGGGCGGGACCACGUCGGCAUGACAUCACUCUGCGGGACUUGAUGCUGUCAUGGCAACGGCGCUCGCACACACACACGCUCACACACAAACUCACACGCAGACACUCAGAAACCUCGUUCUCGUUUUUAGCUUGAACUCUCGAAUAUUUAGGAUUGUUGAAAAUGCAUCGAUGUACAUUCCAGUGUCUACUUGAAAAGCCGAAGUGAGUAUUUAUCUGUCGCAAAAAAAGCUGAGUAUAU